UUCGUAGCAGAUAGAACCAAAUGACUGCUGUCAUGAGGACUGUUCCACACCAGGCUGUGGCCAGAGUGGCUGCCUGUAACAGCAACCUAUUCUUAGAGGAUGAGGAUCUAGCAUCAGCCAUUUUCCCCCUUCUCACACCUGUGCAGGGUGAUAAAGAAAGCAGAAUUAGCCUGCAGCUGUGGUCCAACCAGAUAAAACAUUUAGGCGGGAAGUCAAGUGACAAGUGAAAUUGUGUGUGUUUGUGUUUAAGUGUUAGUUACUUUUGAUAUUUUAAAAAAGCUCCUAGGCUGCCUGUGGAAGUCAGACUAAAUAGCAGGAAGGUACUGCAGCAAGAUGGACUUAGGAAAGGACCAGACUCAUGUGAAGCUCCAUCAGACACCUGCUUCUCAUCAACAAGAGAACCAUGCUCCAGAACUCAUUGGAACUUGGUGUUUGCGAAACCGGGAGCAACUCAGAAAAAGAAAAGUUGAAGCAGAAGAAAAACAAACUUCACAGUGGCUAUUUGGAGAACACAACAGAGGCAAGCGGCAGAGAACAGGAAAAGGAAAUGAAAGAUGCAGAAAGAGACAACAAACUGCAGAACUGAAGGUGGAUCCUUGGCCACAAGUAGAAAAGGAAAUGAUGGAGAAAGCAGUGGCACCCACAGAACAAGAAACUGAGCCUCCUGGGAGUGUAACCGAAGCCCUCCCUCCUAGAGCCUCCAAAGAAAAAGCCAUGGCUGAGAAAUCCUUUUCUGAAAUAUGUCAAGAAAGCAUUAUACAUCAGGAAAAUUGUUCUGAGUAUGAAGAAACAGGAGCACAAAAUCACCCUUCUGAAACAUGCCAAGAUAUGACUGAACCUGAAAACCUUUCUCCUAAAAUGUGUCAAGAAAUAGCUGUACUUCGAGACCAUCCUUCCAAAAUGUACCAAGAUAUGGCUGAACCUGAAGACCUGUCUUCUAAAAUGUGCCAAAGAACAUCUGUAGUGACAGCCCUUCCUUCUAAAACAUCUGAAGAUACAGCUGGCCUAGAAGGAUGCUCUCCUGAAGUAUACCCUAAACCAGAUGUGCCUAAAGGCUACCCUCUUGAAACAGACCAAAAAACGGCUGAACCCAAGGAAUGGAAUUCUGAACCAGACCAAGAAAUGGCUGAGAAUGAAAGCUUCUUUCCUAAAAUACAGGAUGGAGCUGUGCCUAAAGACCUUUCUACAAAAACAUACCCAGGAACAACUGAACCUAAAUACUUCUCUCAUAAAACAUAUAAAGAAGUGACUGUGUCUAGAACUCCCUCUCCUAAAACCAUCCGAGAAACACCUGGGCCUGAAGAACAUUCUCCUGAAGUAUACCAAGAAACACCUGGGCCUGAAGAACAGUCUCCUGAAGUAUACCAGGAGAAACCUAGAUCUGAAGAACAUUCUCCUGAAGUAUACCAAGGAACACCUGGGCCUGAAGAACAGUCUCCUGAAGUAUACCAGGAGAAACCUAGAUCUGAAGAACAUUCUCUGGAAGUAUACCAAGAAACACCUGGGCCUGAAGAACAGCCUCCUGAAGUAUACCAAGAGAAACCUGGAUCUGAAGAAUAUUCACCUGAAAUAUAUCAAGAAACAUCUGGGCCUGAAGACCUCUCUACUAAGACAUGUACAAAUAAAAAUGUGCCUAAAGAAUGCUUUCCAGAACCAUACCAAGAAACAGGUGGGCCUGAAGGCCAGGAUCCUGUAACACACCAGGAAGAUGCUAAGGAUUUUUAUACUUUUCCUCGAGAAAUGAAAGAAAAAUCCAAAGCAGAAGAACCAGAAAAACCAGCAAAUCUGAAUAGUCCUCAAGAGGAUCAUCCAGAAGAUGACAUCUAUAGCUUUGUUUUAUUUUAACAAUGCUCAACCAUAAUAGUUAUCCUCCAAUGGAAUAUACAUCUCUACAACAUUCAUUAAUGUUUUAACUUAGUCUUUUUUCUAUUUAUAGACCAUAUCUGAAAGAGAGAACUAACAUGUUUUUUUUUAGGCUCGAUUAACAUAGAUAAUAUCUUGCUUGUGCGUGUGUGUGCGCG